AUGCACCAACUUCUCACGGGUCUCGCCUUCGUUCAUCGUCGAGGCGUUCUACACCGCGAUCUCAAAGGCUCCAACUUGCUCAUCAGCAAAGAUGGCGAGCUCAAGAUCGCCGAUUUCGGACUCGCGAGGUUCUAUGCCCAAGGGAGGGGCAACGAUUAUACGAAUCGGGUCAUUACGCAGUGGUACAAACCGCCUGAAUUGCUGUUUGGUGCGACUAUUUAUGGUGCAGAGGUCGAUGUAUGGUCUGCAGGGUGAGUGAUCGGUCCUGUCACGGUGAUGCCUUAAUCUCCACUUGCUUCUGAGGCUAAUCUCUCGUUUUCCAUACCUUCAGAUGCAUCUUCCUCGAGCUCUUCGCCCGCCGUCCCGUCUUCCAAGGCCAAGACGAGAUCCACCAACUCGAAGUGAUAUUCUCCAUACUCGGUACCCCCUCCCCCACACUCUGGCCUCAAGUCCAAGAACUCCCCUGGUACGAGCUCGUAAAGCCCUCCCAAACACUACCUUCCACGCUCCGUGAAACCUUCGCUUCUCAUCAUCUCACGGAAGGAGCUUUCGAAUUGGCCGAAGGACUCUUGAGUCUCAACCCUUCGACGAGACCUACUGCCGAGGAAGCGUUGGAGAUGAGAUAUUUCACAACUGAAGAACCGAGGGCUGAAUUCCCGGAUGCGUUGAGGUUGGUCAAAGGGGAAUGGCAUGAGUAUGAGUCCAAGAAGGCGAGGAGGGCUCAGAGGGAGGCGUUGGCGAUGGCUCAGGCGACGGGUGGGGGUGGGGCGGCGGGAGAUACGGUCAUGGAGAAUGGGGAAAGAAGGAAGUAA